UAUAAGGAGAGCUGCGGUCAGGCGGGCGGCCCCUUAGCGUCGCGCAGGGACGGAGACGAGGUGGCGGUACCUGGCUGGGCAUAGGCAAGAGCAAGAGAGCGGCUCCUUGUAGGCUGUGUGCGCCCCGCUGUCAGCAUGGGGGAUCAGGCUUUGAGCUUCCUUAAGGACUUCCUGGCAGGUGGCAUCGCCGCCGCCGUCUCCAAGACCGCGGUCGCCCCGAUCGAGAGGGUCAAACUGCUGCUGCAGGUCCAGCAUGCCAGCAAACAGAUCAGUGCAGAGAAGCAGUACAAGGGUAUCAUUGAUUGUGUCGUGAGAAUCCCAAAGGAGCAGGGCUUUCUCUCCUUCUGGAGGGGUAACCUGGCCAACGUGAUCCGGUACUUCCCCACCCAAGCUCUCAACUUCGCCUUCAAGGACAAGUACAAGCAGAUCUUCCUGGGGGGCGUGGAUCGGCAUAAGCAGUUCUGGCGCUACUUCGCUGGUAACCUGGCUUCCGGCGGGGCAGCUGGUGCCACCUCCCUCUGCUUUGUCUACCCGCUGGACUUUGCUAGGACCAGGCUGGCUGCCGACGUGGGCAAGGGAUCUGCCCAGCGUGAGUUCAGUGGGCUAUUCGACUGUCUCAGCAAGAUCUUCAAGUCUGAUGGCGUGAAGGGUCUCUACCAGGGUUUCAGUGUCUCUGUCCAAGGCAUCAUCAUUUACAGAGCUGCCUACUUCGGAGUCUAUGACACUGCCAAGGGGAUGCUGCCGGACCCCAAGAAUGUGCACAUUAUCGUGAGCUGGAUGAUUGCCCAGAGUGUGACGGCGGUUGCAGGGCUGGUGUCCUAUCCGUUUGACACUGUCCGUCGUAGAAUGAUGAUGCAGUCUGGCCGGAAAGGGGCUGACAUUAUGUACACGGGGACACUUGACUGCUGGAGGAAGAUUGCAAAAGAUGAAGGAGCCAAUGCUUUCUUCAAAGGUGCCUGGUCCAAUGUACUGAGAGGCAUGGGUGGUGCUUUUGUAUUGGUAUUGUAUGAUGAAAUCAAAAAAUAUGUCUAAGGUAAUUAAAACUCAAGUUCACUGGCUCCCAGUGGACUUGGUUCACAAGUUCACAGAUCCAUUGUGUGGUUUAACAGACUAUUAUUCUUAAGGAAAUAAAAAGACAGAUCUUGGAUAAAACCAGACCAUCAGGAAUACCUCGGAAAAAUGCUUCAUUGAGUAUUCAUUAAACCACAAAUGUAUUUUGUAUUUAUUUUAUUUACAUUUAGAUUCCCACAGCAAACAGAAGAUAGCUUAUCAUACUUGUUCAAUUAAUUAACUGAAGAACUAAUAAUGACAACAAAAGUAACCAAAUGUGAAUCAUUAAUAAAGACUACUCAAUA